AUGGCACUAUACGAUCCAACACCUAGUCGCGGUGGUUCACGCUUUGGAAAACUUUCAUCGAAUAUGUUUUUUACUCGAAAUACUGCUAAACCUAAACGUGUACGACAUAUUGAAGGACUCAAUGGUGCAUUGAUUUGCAGUGUGAAUGAUGAUCCAUCAGUUGUUCGUGCUUCGUCUGUUACUUCACUCGGUUUCAGUCGACCAAAUGUGCCUAUGUUUGAAACUCCACGUCGUGUUGAACGAUUAGUUCCACCAAUGGGCUUUUGGAACACGUACGGCGUCAUUCAAGAUACAGAACGUUGGCGAAAAGAAUUAUCUAGUUUAGCGAACGCUAGUGGACUUGGUGUUGAGAAAGACGAGCAAAAGCGUCAAAAUAGACCACCAUCAACAACAACAGCUGAUGAACAAAAUGUUUCACGCUCUGGCGCACGUUAUUCAACUCGAACGGGUCGUUUUAAUGAAGGAGCCGGAAAAUCACGAGGACGUACAGGUUCUAAACAUUCAACACCAUAUUCAGAUAUGCUAUUUAAUGUACCUGAACAUGAAAGAGAUAUGUGGAUGUUGCAAGUUCUUUGUCAACUUCUUGGUACAAGUAAUUUGGAAGAUGUUCAAUCUUGGCUUGUUUCAGCGUCAACAGCUGAAAAAGAACAAGCCCGUGCAAUGAUUACUUCUGCACUUCGAGGAUUGAAAGAAUCUGAACGUACAUCAAAUCAAGCACAACAACCAGUUGAUCUUAAUGAAUUAUCGAAUUUUGUUGAAAAACAAAAACAUGAAGAGAAACAAAUAUCACAAAAAUAUGUGAAAGAAUCCCUUAAUCGUCCUCCAUCAACUUUACAGUCGAUCAAUGAAGAACAACACGUUGAUUAUAAUUUAGAUGACUCGUGGAAUAAUCUAUUAAAUCAUAAUCAUGCAAAUUCAUCACAACAAAAUACAGCAACAUAUCAACAUCCGCAUCACAAUAAUAAUCGACGUUCAUAUUCAUCGUUUGACACAGAAUCAGCAAGUAACAAAAAUAAUAUAUUUGAAGAAAAGGUUCAAAAUCAACAAGAUGACGAAAAUGAUGAAAAAACUGAUAUAGUAGAAAAUGAUGAGCAGCAUCAACGAUCUCGAUCAUUAUCAGUAACGAAAGUAAAACAACAGUCAAAACAAUUAGGACGAUCGUCAUCAAGUUUUAAUCGAAAGUCCAAUGGUGAAUCACUUCAAAUUAAUGAUAAUGAUGAUGAUGACGAUGAUAAUGUUCGUAAUGAAAUUAUGGAUAAUCGAAAAAAUACAAAUGAAUAUGAAUAUGAAAAUGAUGAACAACAACGAAAGGAACUAGUACUUCCACCAAUUAAAACAAAAGAAUCAUUGAAUCACAAUGAUAGCAUUAAAUCACGUAAAAUUCGUGACCUAAAAAAUAAAUUAUCACGUCAAGAAGAAGAAUCGAAAAAACAAAUCAAUGAAUUACAAUCAAAACAAUCCCGUCUUGAAAAUGCUAUAAAAUUACUUACUAAACAACCAACACCACAAGGAAAACGUCAACAACAAAUCCAUGAUGAUUUUGAUGCAUUUACUGCUAAUGGAAUGUUUGAAUUACAAAAAGAAAAUGAUCGUCGUAAUUAUGGUAGACAACAGGAAAUAAAUGCAUCGGAACAUCGUCCGAAUAGAUCGUAUUCUGGCAUUUGGAAACCUGAUACAUCAACACUUCAUCGUCUUCAAGGAAAUUAA